UGCCGUGAACGGUACGCAGAGUUCGUUCGAAACUCUUUUGACCCCAACCGGGCCAUCCUAGAUCAAGCUCCAAUCGAAGAAGAGCAGGGAGCCGAAGGUGAUAUAGGACACAAUUUCGAUGACGAUCUUGGUUUGGAUCUGCCUGAUGAUUUGGAGCCAUGGCACGAUUUUUCCAAAGAAGAGCUCGCAGAGUACGAGCCCAGCGAGCCUGAGGUCGAGAACGAAGUGUUGCCCGGACACGAUGGUGAUCGUGGGUCGUUUCCCGCACCGGGUGAGCUUGAUUUCAUGGAGGUCGAGCGUGAGCCUCUUGAGGCUCUGCCCGAGGGUGAACGGGAUGCCUUGAUGUCGAGCGUGAUGUACCUCGAGUCGGUUUCCUUUGCUGGUGCAGCCACGCAGGCUGUUGAACGCGUCGAAGGGAAAGAGAACCCGCUUGUGAGAUGCAGGGUGGUUGCUCGAGAUUUUGCACAAGGGGCUACUGCAGCCCAGCUUGGAAUCUCUGCAGCCACGAGCUCAGCAGAAGCUCUGCGGACCUUCCUGUUCUAUGCAGGCUCGAAACGGCAGAACAUCGUUGGAUUGGAUGUUUCGACAGCAUUCCUCUUUGCAGACCUUGAUGAAGAAGGCGAGGUUGUGGUGAAGCUUCCCGACGGGGUUGUUG